GCGACCGUUUCCGCCCCGCGCCUUUGUGCUGCGCGUGAUGACGAAAUGACGCAUGCGUACGGCCAAGGAGGAGGAGCCCGGGUAUAUAAAUUCAACCCCGGAGCACUCUACCCGGGAGUUGCUCGAACCGCCGAGUGGAGGUUGGCGACACCUCGACCCAGGCUAGAUUCCUGCGGAGUGCCGCGAGCUCCAAGGCCGGACACCAUGUCGCGUUAUGGGCGGUAUGGAGGAGAGACCAAAGUGUAUGUUGGCAACCUGGGAACUGGUGCCGGCAAAGGAGAAUUAGAAAGAGCUUUUAGUUACUAUGGUCCCUUAAGAACAGUUUGGAUUGCCAGAAACCCUCCAGGAUUUGCUUUUGUGGAAUUCGAAGAUCCGAGAGAUGCGGAGGAUGCAGUUCGAGGACUUGAUGGAAAAGUGAUUUGUGGCUCUCGGGUAAGAGUUGAAUUGUCAACAGGAAUGCCCAGAAGAUCUAGAUAUGACAGACCACCUGCACGACGACCAUUUGAUCCUAAUGAUAGAUGUUAUGAGUGUGGGGAGAAAGGUCAUUAUGCUUAUGAUUGUCAUCGCUACAGUCGCCGAAGGAGAAGCAGGUCACGGUCUCGAUCUCACUCAAGGUCCAGAGGAAGGAGAUACUCUCGCUCGCGAAGCAGGAGUCGUGGUAGGAGGUCAAGGUCUGCAUCUCCUCGAAGGUCAAGAUCUGCAUCUCUUCGUAGAUCUAGGUCUGCUUCAAUCCGAUCUCGAUCUGGUUCUUUAAAAAGAUCGAGGUAUUUCCAAUCAUCCCGCUCAAGGUCCAGAUCCAGGUCUCUUUCAAGGCCAAGAAGCAGCCGAUCAAAAUCUAGAUCACCAUCUCCAAAGAGAAGCCGGUCACCUUCUGGAAGUCCUCGUAGGAGUGCAAGUCCUGAAAGAAUGGACUGAAAUGAAAAGAAAAAAAUUAACCUUUUAGGAAGAAAGUUAUUUUGUUUACAUUAUUAUAAGGGAUUUUGUGAUGUUUGUUCAAUGUAAGUGUAACCUAGAAGGCUAUUUGAACCAUCUAAUAAUCAGAAAGGGUCUGGAUAUUUUAAGAGCUCUGUAAAUUUACAUCAGUAGAGUAGUGUAAAUUUUUUUUUUUUUUUUUUUUUUUUUUUUGUUGUAUGUAUUAACAUCUUAUGAUCUGAAAAUGGGAUUUUUUUUUAUUGGCACAUUUAAGAAUAAAAAUGUGUUUCUAACUAGUCUUCUGAUUUGUGGUCACUACUGUUAAUAUUUAGCUUGGGCAAGUCUCAAGCCUAGAGAGCUUGUUAGGCCUUUUCAGGGUCAGUAUCUGGAUGUGGCUAGAAGGUGAUAAAAGGUCGAGUUGAAUGCACUCAUGAAAUCUUUCAUACAUUUGGAUAGUUUCUUAACUGUCAUUUGGGGCAUUGAAAACCUGUCUUUUCAUAGUAGAUAAAUUUGGAGUAGUUAUGUUUUAGAGAGUUUAAAAAAAUCUUAAUUUUUCUUUUUCAUAACUGCCCGUUGUCUGUGGCAGACUCAAAAGUUAAAUGCCCUAUGAACUAAUCACCACCAAGGGACCAUAUUCAUUACAUGAAGUUGGCGUAGCAAUUAGAGCUUAAUAUAAAUUUUGGGCAGUGCUUGAAGGGUCCAUGACAAAUAAUAUAUAAUAGCACAAAUUUUACUUUUGGGAGACAACUAACUCUAUUGUGUGGUAACUAAAAUUAAUGCAAUAAGCAUUAUAGGCAACUUGUCAUCAGAUAGUACUAAUGAGUGUUGAUAAGGUCAGCAUUUGGGAAUAUAUUGCUCACUACUGUGCAAUUGUUUUUUUAGUAAUAUAUACAUUUUAGUAUUAAGUUAAAUUGUUUGAAGAUGCCAAAAAUGAGUGCAUGUUGUUUAUUUUUUUCUUUUUAAAGAAUUGCUUGGAUUGAGGACAAAGACAAAUGUAAACCAGCUUUGCAAAAUUGUCAUUUUCCCAGCCAAAGCACCUUUCCCAUCUUCUGAGUCUUUAAAAUUCUGCUCCAACCUUCAUCCCACCUAAUACCCCAAAGAUGGGGCAGUUUUUGCCAGGCUGGUGCAAAGUUUUUAAAUUUGUUGAUUAUAACAAACUAAAAUGUUGUUUGUACGCCAACAGUACAUUUACAUUGUUAGGUUUUGGUUUGCCUCAUAUCACUUGAUGAACUUAAAAUUUUUAAUAAAGACUAAUAACGUUCCCCAUACCUUAAAAUAGUAUUAGAAUAUCAUUUCACCAAAAGGCAUAAAUGAUCUGUUUGAAGAUAUUUGUUUUGCUGCCAGUCAUUCUAGCUUUGGUACAAAAAAGCUUAACUUUCAAGGGCCAUGUUUUUCCAGUGUAUCUGGUACUGAUUUCUGCCAUAAGUUUAAAAAUAUAUCAGGUAGUAAUAGUAAUUUGGCCACAAAUGAGUUUAUUUGAUAAUUUUUGAAUGCUUUGACAUACCUAAGAGCCAUUUUUUUUUAUAUGCUAAGGUUAUUUGAAGAAACCUUUUUGUUAAGGGAUUUGAAUAUUGAAUGAGCAGUAUGAUUUAUUUGGUAUAGAAACCACCUCACAGUGUACAGGUUUAUCUGUUGCAUUAUCAGCUUUAACUGUUCUGUACUAUAUUAAGGCAAAUUUACUCUACAAUAAAUCUGCAGAGAUUAAAAACAAACUAGUACUGUGUUCUUUAUGAAUUUUUAAUGAUGGGGUUUAUUUGGAAACCCAACUAUGAAAAUUAAUCCAUGAGAUUUAGUAUACUAACUUUUUAGGUAAUAUUUUUCUGAUGUGAGAAUAAAAAGACUUAGUUGGCUACUGGUUUCCAAAUGGAUGUGACCACAAAAUUGGAGACUGGGAGUUGGUGAAGUUAGUAUUUAUUGUAUCAUUGUAUUAUAGAUUUAACUGUACAUACUGCUAUGCUUUAAGCUUUCCAAUUAAACUUUGAUUGUUUUCCAAA